AUGCAAAAUUGUAUGAAACUUUUGCCGCUUGCACUAAAGUGCAAUCUGCGAGCUAUUAGCACAACUGCACCAAUGGCUGGAAAGCGAAACUUUCGUAAAUUUAAUGUAUACGGCAAGCGUGGAACACGUGUGGUGAAGGAAGCGCAGCGGACGCUAGCAAAUCCGCCGGUGGCCAUACACAAACGAGGAGUUCGUGAUACAGGCAUAACAGUUAAUGGCCAAUUUGUGGAAAUACCAGAGAAAAUACCCGACAUUAUAGUGCCAGAUUUAACCGGCUGUAAAUUGAAGCCUUAUGUGUCCUACAAAGCUCCCGAAGUAAUACAAUCGGAAUUUACUAGUUUGGAUCUCUUCAACGCCGUCUAUUCGCAAAAGAUUAUAGAGGACUUCAAGGCUGGCAAACUGCAGGCCGAUGGCAGCGCGACGGAACCUUCACCCGACGAACAGCUAACGCCAGAGAUAGCUCUGCAGCGUGCGCGUAAAACGGGCAGUGAUAUUUUUUAAACAUGCACACAUAUGCCUAUAAGGUUUAUUAUUUGUUAAAUAUGUUGGGUUUCUAUUGCUGUAUGUACUUUUGACGAUAAUUGUAGAGUUUGCGGAGCCAUUUAUCGGCCUUUAGGUCAGAAUCGGCUAAAAACUGCAAGCGGUAAAACAAAUAUGUUAAAUAAAAUGCACCCAAAAAAUAAGAAGAUUAAACUCACGUUUGGAUGAAAUA